GGGCUGCUCCAGUAUCGUAUCUGGCUGGUCUUAUCUGGAGGAGUAGAAACGGGAAUGGAUGGCUCGAUGUUUAAAAGGGACUGCUCCCCACUGACUCUUCCCUUUACUCGAGGCUUCCACGGCCCAGAGAUUCUUGCCAAUGGAGCACGAUCCUGAACUCGGUCACAAGGAGCCUGGCCAGGCUGCCAACGAGAAAGAUGCCGCGGCCGUUGUAUCUGACGACAACUCAAUCGAGUCGGUCCCUGCAGCAACAGGGAGCGGAUUGCUGUUCCGAUUGCGCCAAUUCGAGGCUCAGAUGGACAAGAAACUUGGCAUUGAGUCCGAGGCCAUCGUCCGCAAACAGGAGGAAGACAAGAAGCCGGUUCCAUGGUUAGAGCAGUUGACAAUGGCCCUGCUAUGGGCGAGCGGAACGAUGAACACGUCUUGCUUUGCAACGGGCUUCCUGGGUGCUGAAUUCGGAUUGAGCCUGAAGCAGUCUAUUCUCGUCACGAUCUUUGCCUCAAUUAUGGGCGGUGCGAUUACCGGAUACUGUGCAACUUUCGGAGCGGCGACUGGACUGCGACAGAUCAGCGUCAGCCGAUACAGCUUCGGCUGGUGGCCGAACAAGCUCAUUGCGCUGCUCAACAGCAUCCAGCAGAUGGGCUGGGCGGCAGUGUCUUGUAUCACGGGCGGCCUCGCCCUGACGGCCGUGUCUGACGGCCAUGUCUCACUGAUUCUCGGAAUCGUCAUUUUGGCGGUGGUGGCGCUGGCGAUCUCCUUCGUUGGCUUGAACGCUAUCCUGGUGUACGAACGGUAUGCCUGGAUCAUCUUUUUCGUCAUCUUCAUGAUCAUUUUUGGCGAGACCGGUCGCUUUGCGGACAAUACUUCACCACCGGCGGCCACCGGGACCACGCUGAGCGGUGCCAUCCUCAGUCUGCUGGCCAUCGUCUACGGCUCGAGUGCUUCUUGGUGCACAAUGGUCAGCGACUACUAUGUCCACUAUCCGGCAAAUGUCAGCCGAGUCAAGGUCUUCCUGAUGACGACUUUUGGAAUCGCGAUCCCGACGUCCAUCGGUAUGGUUGCCGGUUGCGUUGUUGCCUCCGGUUUCAAAAACAAGCCCGAAUGGAGCGACGCCUAUGACCAAGGCCUGGGCUACCUGAUUCAGGACAUGUUGUAUCCGCGAGGGUUUGCAAAGUUUCUACUUACUUUGUUAGUCCUAUCCGGCAUCAACACCAACGUCAUUAGCAUCUAUAGCGCUGCCAUAUCUUUCCAGCAGCUUGCACGGCCGUUUGCGGCCAUCCCUCGCUUCAUCUGGACAAUCUUCUGCUUCCUUUGCAUUCUUGCCUUGGCUCUUGGCGGCCGAGAGCAGUUGAACGCCUACCUGCAGAACUUCUUGAGUCUUCUCGGAUACUGGUGCACCAGCUAUGCCAUUAUUCUCUUCCAGGAGCAUUUCAUCUUUCGAAAGGGCAACUUCGCCAACUACGAUCUGGAGAACUGGAACAACCCCGCAAAGCUGCCUCUUGGCAUUGGAGCCUCGGUCGCUUUUGGGCUCGGGAUUGUGGCCUGGGUCAUGGGAAUGGAUGAGACAUGGUUUGUCGGACCACUUGCGAAGACUAUCGGAGAGAAUGGUGGUGAUGUUGCGAAUGAGUUUACGUUUGUGGUUACGGCAUUGACCUAUUUGCCGGCGAGAUACCUGGAACUGAAGCACUUUGGCCGGUAGAGUAGCCGGUAGAAAGAUGAAAGACUGCAUGUUU